UUUGUGUUAUUUGUCAAAGCGUUGCUGGUAUGGCGUCCCUAAGGAGUGCGGCAGUCUGUUUUCUAGCGAUUCUUUUCACUGUAAUUAACUUAUUUAGUACAGUCAGUUUGGAGGAAGCAUGCCAUUCGUUUGGGGGAGGUCAGGUCUACCCACAAGAAUUUACGAAAGCUUCAGGGCACAACAUUCACUGGAGCAAGGCUCAGAUCUCUAAACCUGCUCCCGACUUCACGGGCACUGCCGUGGUGGAUGGAGAGUUCAAAGAGUUCAAGCUAUCUGAUUUUAAAGGAAAAUACCUGGUGUUUUUCUUCUAUCCAUUGGACUUCACAUUUGUUUGUCCAACUGAGAUCAUAGCCUUCAGCGACCGUGUGAAGGAGUUCAAGGCACUCAACGCUGAAGUGAUUGCGUGCUCAGUCGAUUCCCCAUUUACGCACCUUGCAUGGAUUAACACCCCGAGGAAGCAAGGAGGUCUGGGUCCAAUCAAGAUCCCUCUGUUGUCUGACCUUACACACCAGAUCUCAAAGGAUUACGGUGUCUACCUCGAAGAUUUGGGACAUUCACUCAGGGGACUGUUCAUCAUCGACGACAAGGGCAAGCUGCGUCAGAUCACCAUGAACGACCUGCCCGUGGGCCGCUCAGUGGACGAGACCCUCCGCCUGGUCCAGGCAUUCCAGUACACGGACAAGCACGGCGAAGUGUGUCCGGCCGGCUGGAAGCCAGGGGGCGACACGAUCAUCCCGAAUCCAGAGGACAAGCUCAAGUACUUCAGCAAGGUGGACGAGCUCUAGUGUGUUGGUGCAAGUUUCUGAGCUGCUCUCCAGCGAACUCUGGAUGUGUGGAGAAGAAUCUGCAGUUCUGUUUAUAUUUCUGCUUCUUAUGGGCUGUAUUUGUGCUUUAUGAAUGUCUUUCUUGUUACUAUCAAGGAAGCUGCCUAGUCUUUUCUUGCAUUCAAGCAAGACUCAACUCGACAGCCGCGUACCUGCAUUCCCUGUAUGACAGUUUGGAUGAUAUAUUAAAAGUUUUUGAGCCAA